AUGAUGGAACCUGCCAUUGAAGUCGGCGUGCGCCGCAAGACCUUCUUCCAGACGGCCCUGCCCGUCUUUGCUUGCGGCGCCGGGCUCUUCUCCGACGGCUACGUCAACAACGUCAUUGGUUCUGUCAACACCGUCCUCAAGCUCCAAUACGGCGACGUCUACACCUCGUCCAACGCCAGCAAGUAUGUCUCCGACAUUGCCUUUGUCGGAACCGUCGUUGGCCAGCUGUUCUUCGGGUUUUUGGCCGACCGCUGGUCGCGCUCCAACUCGCUGCUCGUGUCCACCAUCAUCCUCAUCGUCUUUACCGCGCUUGCUACGGGUUCAUACUAUCACGGCGACGCUGUUGGCAUGUUCAACAUGCUGACUGCCUGGCGAUUCUUUGUCGGUAUUGGUAUUGGAGGCGAGUAUCCUGCGGGUAGCGUUGGCUGUGCCGAGACGAGCGGCGAGCUCAAGGAGGGCACCCGCAACCGUUGGUUCAUUCUCUUCACCAACACCAUGAUUGAUUGGGGCUUCGUUAUCGGCGCAUUUGUUCCCUAUGUCGUUGCUGCUGCUACCCACGACGCCCGCCUCAGCACCAUCUGGCGCACUUCUCUCGGAAUUGGUGUUGUUUUCCCCUUCAUCUUGUUCAUCCUCCGUCUUAGACUCGAGGAGCCCGAAGAGUUCUCCAAGGAGUCCAUGAGGCGCAAGACGCCCUAUCUGCUGGUCAUCCGCUACUACGGUCUCCGACUGCUGGCCGUGAGCGCUGUUUGGUUCCUCUACGAUUUCUCGACCUAUGCAUUCGGCAUCUACUCCUCGUCUAUCCUGGCCGGCAUCUAUUCUAAGACUGCGCCCCUCACUACUGUUUUCGGGUGGAACACCGUCAUCAACCUGUUCUACAUUCCCGGAACCAUGAUUGGUGCCUUUGUUAGCGACUACAUCGGCCCCAAGUACACCUUGAUCAUUGGCGUCUGUCUGCAGGCUAUUAUCGGCUACAUUAUGGCUGGUGUCUAUGACAAGAUCUCUCAGCACAUUGCUGGCUUCGCCGUCGUCUAUGGUAUUUUCCUGAGUUUCGGAGAGUUUGGCCCCGGCAACAACAUUGGUCUUUUGGCCGCCAAGACCUGCGCUACUGGUGUCCGUGGCCGUUACUACGGCAUUGCCGCUGCCAUUGGCAAGAUUGGUGCCUUUGUCGGAACUUGGGUCUUCCCCCACAUCGAAGCAGCUGGCGGCGACGAUCCUACAAAGGUUGCUCAGUAUCCCUUCUGGGUCGCCUCCUCUCUGGCACUGCUGUCUGCUCUCAUCACCUUCCUCUGCAUUCCCAACGUCGGCCAGGAUACCAUCACUGAAGAGGACCGCAAGUUCCGCGAGUACCUCGAGAGCCAUGGCUGGGAUACUAGCCAGCUCGGCUUGGACAGUAACAAAUCUGACUCCAACCCCACUUACAAUGAGGAGGAGCAUGUCGUGCAAAAAAUGCAGUAG